AGGCCGGGGCUGGGCAGUAAGAGGCGGGGCCUAGGACCUCUUGGCCAAUAGAAACGGAGAAAAGGGAACCAAUGAAAAAAGGGUCCAGGCGGUCAACUUGCCCCACAGUCACGUCUACUCCUGUGAUGACAGCAUCAGCAGUCAAUAGAAAGAGCUGAAGAAUUCUUCGACUUCCUGAGAGGGUAGGAAGGAAUGACAGCUAGAGCGAGGCGGGCUGAACCUGCGCUUCACUGAUCAGCCAAUGACGGUCUUUCUUACUUUGCAGAAGGGCAGGAAGAUAGAUGGCACUCUCAGCAAAUGGUAGCUUCGAGGGGCAGGGAUGCUGCCAGCAGGCGGUGCCAGAGCAAGAAUAGUCAGUGACAACCCGAGACAAGCGCGAGAGGAGCUGGAGCCUCUGCCUUGCCCCCAGGAGAUCUGAGACAUGGCACCCAAGAAGGCCAAGAGAAGGGCAGCAGCAGAAGGAGGGAGCUCCAAUGUCUUCUCCAUGUUUGACCAGACUCAGAUCCAGGAGUUCAAGGAGGCUUUUACGGUAAUCGACCAGAACCGGGAUGGCAUUAUUGACAAGGAGGAUCUCCGGGACACCUUCGCAGCCAUGGGCCGUCUCAAUGUGAAGAAUGAGGAACUCGAUGCCAUGAUGAAGGAAGCCAGUGGACCCAUCAACUUCACUGUCUUCCUGACCAUGUUUGGGGAAAAGCUUAAGGGUGCGGACCCUGAGGAUGUGAUCACUGGAGCCUUCAAGGUCCUGGACCCAGAGGGGAAGGGCACCAUCAAGAAGCAGUUCCUGGAGGAGCUGCUUACCACACAGUGUGACAGAUUUUCCCAGGAGGAGAUCAAGAACAUGUGGGCAGCCUUCCCUCCAGAUGUGGGCGGCAACGUAGACUACAAGAACAUCUGCUAUGUCAUCACACACGGUGACGCUAAGGACCAGGAAUAGGGGACCCGAGGUCUCAGAAGACCUAGAUAGGCAUCUAGCCUCCCCAGCUCUCACCCGACCCCCAAUAAAACUCAACUGGUCUUUGUUUCU